GCGGUUUCACCACGAGCAGUGCAAAAGGCAUAUUGGUGCACACAGUACACCGUGCGACAGGUGACAAUGAAGCCAUCAGCGGUCAGUUCGAUGACUCGCGUCCCGACGCUCGCGCUUCCGCUGCUACUGAUGCUCCUCGCUGGGCAGCUCGGCUGUGCCUGGCCCCUGGAUCCCAUACCUCGGCUGCACGUCAAACACCGCGAAGUGGUUGGACAGCGUUUCUUGGGCAACGAAACUCACGUGAAGCACUUCAAACUUCUCGAGCGCUCACCCACCUUCAUGCUGAUUGGUGCAAGGAAUGCCAUUUACAACCUCAGUCUGCACGAUCUCACGGAAAUGUCGGACCAGAGACUACAAUGGCCGAGCAGUGGCGCACAUCAGGAGAUCUGCCAAUUGAAAGGCGGUAACAACGACACGUGUCAAAAUUACGUCCGUGUGUUUGGCAGACUCGGGCCUGACAAGUUCAUGACCUGCGGAACCAACGCCAACAAGCCGUGGUGCAAACACUUUCGCAUACAGAAUGGCAACUACGUGAGCGAAAACGACAACGAAGGCCUUGGGAUCUGCCCUUAUAGCCCGCAUCACAACAGCACCUCCGUCUUUGCCGAUGGUCAACUGUACGCGGCGACGUUUUCUGACCUGUCGGGCGGCGAGCCCCUAAUUUACAGAGAAAACAUCCGCACCGAGCGCUCGGACUUGAAUCAACUCAACGGUCCAAACUUUGUCAGUUCCUUCAGCUACGGCGACUACGUGUACUUCUUCUACCGCGAAACCGCCAUGGAAUACAUGAACUGCGGCAAGACCGUGUAUUCGCGAGUGGCGCGAGUUUGCAAACACGACAAGGGCGGACCUCGUGCGUUCAGCGACAGGUGGAUGAGCUUCCUGAAAGCCAGGCUAAAUUGCUCGGUACCCGGUGAUUACCCCUUCUACUUCAAUGAGAUCCACGACGGUCGAGUAAUGAAGGCUCUGAACACGAAGAACCCCUUCUCGAGAAACGAGUCGAACCAGGUGAUCGUCAGCGACGUCCAGGUGCUGAAGCACGGUCAAGCGGUGAGGGACCUGCAAGUGGUGCACCUGGCCGGGGAGGCGAGCAAACUCGUGGUGAUCGCGGACUCGGAGAUACGGGCCGUGCCCUUGCAGCACUGCGAUUCCAGCCAGGCGGCCUCCUGCGCGGCCUGCGUUGGCCUCCAGGAUCCGCACUGCGCCUGGGACGCGGCACACUCGCAGUGCGUCGCCGUUAUGACGCGCCUGCACGACAGCGACGCCGAUCGCAUGCUCUACCAGAACAUCAGCAGCGGCAAGCACAGAGCCUGCGGACACGAUCAAGUGCUGAUCAAGGCAGCCCAGCCGAUGGCACCGGCGCACAUUGGGCGCGGCCAACAGCAGCCCGACGACAGCGAGAACGAGAUCGUCAUCGAGCUGGACCGGGACAACCAGUACAGCCGUACCCAGCCGAGGCCAAGCGAGCCACAAGGUGUGGCAGUGACGCCGGUGGUUUACUCGGCGCAGACGCUGACGGGCGCCCUGAUCGGCACGUGCUUCUUCUCGCUGAUAGCGGGCUUCGCCUCGGGAUUCUGGUUCUCCCAACGCCUGCGCGGCGGCCCGUACCCCGAGCCCGCCGAGCAACGCCAACAGCUCAACCGGUUCACCGAGGCGUCCGAAUCGCCGGCCGGCUUCAACAACAAGUCCAUCAACCUCGUCCUCAACGUCCCGCCCAAGAACCCCAACGGCAAGAACGCCAACUCGUCGGCCGAGAACAAGCCCAUGCAGAAGGUCAAGAAGACCUACAUAUGAUACCGGAGGCGCCAACAGCCCGUCUGAGGUUUGCCCCCCGAGGCCUGUCCGGAAGCCGCAACGGUCGCCACCAGCCUGACCGACGACUACCUGCAACAGGUCCCGGAACGCUCCCGAAGAACCACCCCGACCCCCUGUCGCGCUCCCCGCUUCGACGACCUUUACCACCAGCGCGUGGAGCAGUGCGGGGACUACCUCGAGCCCCUCGACGCCACCGGUCCCCUCGCGGACGACGACUUUCUCGAGCUGGGCUGCGACGACCCACCGCCCGACUACGGACGCGCCCAGCAACAACUCCUGCCGGGCCUCGGCGACAUGCUUAGGCUCGUGGCGCGGCUCGAGGACCCGCGACA